GGAAUCGAACCCAGGCAGAAAUUUGCACACGAUUAAAGGACUGACGCCUUAAACCGUGCGGCUAUCGACCGACAUAAAAAUGUCUCGAUGACUAGAAAUUAAAAGUAUCAACUGAAUUCAAAUUACUAAAUAAAAAAAAAAAUCAAAUAUGUAUUGGAAUGCAUUCAAUUUUGUGAACUAAAUUAUUAUUAAAAAUAAAUAUUAUCAUUGUAUUUCAAUAACAGCAUAUUUUUAUUUGAAGUUAAAAUUUCUUCAUCUAUUUCUGUUGCACCCUGUAUAUAUGCAUUACUCAAAUGGAAUUUUAAAAACACUAGUAUGUUGUGGAAUUAUUUUUAGACUUGGGAUAAGAUAAUGAUGCUUAUAAUUUGUUACUAGGUCUGGCAAUAUUUGUUAAUAAACAGUGGGUUUUAAUUAUAAUUACUUCUGUAUACAUUUUAUUUAACCUUAGAUUAGUGCCAUUGAUUAAACAUUUGCAAUGAAGGUGUUCUAAGUGUUUGUUGUUAAGGAAACAUUAGAUCUUAAUAGUUUUUUCAACCAGUGAUAGGUAAAAUUCAUUGUGCCGCUGUCAAACUAUUUUUCAAUUUUGCAAAAUGGAAUGGACUUGGCUGAAAGAUUGGUGGAGGUUAAAAAAAUGGAGAAAAUAUAGAAGAGCUAGUGAAACGGAAUCAUUUUGUUUUUGUGAUGAGUGCUUGGGAAAUGAUGGGGAUUUGGAAUUAUGCGAUCCAAGCGAUAUAAGCUUAAGUCCACAAGACAUGGACGACGAUGGAGGAAAAGUGGUAAUAGUAGGAGUGUGUGCUAUGGAGAAGAAAACUCAGAGUAAACCGAUGAAAGAGAUUUUAACAAGGCUACAAGAAUUUGAGUACAUUAAAGUUAUUGUUUUUCAGGAAGAGGUAAUUUUACAGAAACCCGUGGAAGAAUGGCCCGUAUGUGAUUGCCUAAUAUCAUUCCAUUCCAAAGGGUUUCCUCUGGAUAAGGCAAUUCAGUAUGCUCAGCUACACAAUCCCUAUGUGAUAAAUAAUUUACAUAUGCAGUAUGAUAUUCAAGAUAGAAGAAAAGUGUAUGCCACUUUGGAGUCUGAAGGAAUCGAAAUACCCAGAUAUGCAGUACUCGAUCGGGAUAGUUUAGAUCCCAAAGAUCAUGAAUUGGUUGAAUCUGAAGAUCAUGUUGAGGUAAAUGGAGUAAUUUUCAACAAACCAUUUGUUGAAAAACCUGUGUCGGCGGAGGACCAUAACAUUUAUAUUUAUUACCCGACUUCAGCUGGAGGAGGCAGUCAGAGGCUAUUUAGAAAGAUUGGCAGUCGUAGCAGUGUUUAUUCACCUGAAUCCAGGGUUAGAAAAACGGGAAGUUUUAUUUACGAAGAUUUUAUGCCUACAGACGGAACAGAUGUAAAAGUCUACACCGUUGGACCAGAUUACGCACACGCAGAGGCAAGAAAAUCUCCAGCUCUAGAUGGUAAAGUAGAAAGAGAUAGGGAUGGAAAAGAGAUUCGUUAUCCGGUAAUUCUCAGUAAUGCUGAAAAGCUUAUAUCUCGUAAGGUUUGCUUGGCUUUCAAGCAGGCCGUUUGUGGUUUCGAUUUACUUAGGGCCAGCGGUAAAUCAUUUGUCUGUGAUGUUAACGGCUUUAGUUUUGUAAAAAAUUCCAAUAAAUACUAUGAUGAUUGCGCUAAAAUAUUAGGUAAUAUGAUAUUGAGAGAAUUGGCUCCCACAUUACAUAUUCCAUGGUCUGUCCCGUUUCAAUUGGAUGAUCCUCCAAUCGUGCCAACGACUUUCGGAAAGAUGAUGGAACUGAGGUGUGUAGUAGCAGUUAUAAGACAUGGAGAUAGGACGCCUAAACAAAAAAUGAAAGUUGAGGUUCGACAUCCAAAGUUCUUUGAAAUAUUUGAAAAAUAUGACGGUUAUAAACAUGGUCACGUGAAAUUAAAGAGACCCAAACAAUUACAAGAAAUUUUAGAUAUAGCAAGGUCUUUGUUAGCUGAAAUUCAACAACAUGAAGCCGAUCCUGAAAUUGAAGAAAAACAGGGGAAGUUAGAACAGUUAAAAGCUGUUUUGGAAAUGUAUGGCCACUUUUCGGGUAUUAAUAGAAAGGUGCAAAUGAAGUAUCAACCAAAAGGGAGACCUAGAGGUUCUAGUUCUGAUGAUGUAGAUAAACCAGCAGAACCUUCACUUGUACUGAUUUUGAAAUGGGGAGGUGAAUUGACACCCGCUGGUCGCAUACAGGCGGAAGAACUGGGACGAAUAUUCCGGUGCAUGUAUCCAGGAGGACAAGGUAGACAUUUAACCGGGGAAUAUGCAGGAGCUCAGGGACUCGGACUUCUUAGAUUACAUUCAACUUUCCGUCACGAUUUAAAAAUCUAUGCUUCUGAUGAAGGUAGAGUACAAAUGACAGCAGCUGCUUUUGCUAAAGGCUUGCUGGCCCUAGAAGGAGAACUGACUCCAAUUUUGGUACAAAUGGUUAAAAGUGCAAAUACUAACGGAUUAUUAGAUAAUGACUGUGAUAGCAGCAAAUAUCAGAACAUGUGUAAGGCGCUUUUGCAUGAAUUAAUGCAACUAGAUAGGGACUUUAGUCCUGAAGAUAGAGAAAAAAUAAAUCCUUGUAAUUCAUUGAGUAUAUCGGAUGCAUUGGAUUUUGUGAAAAAUCCUGUAAAGUGCUGCAAACAUGUACAUGAACUCAUAAAAAAUCUUAUGGAAAUUGUCCAAAUUAAAAAGGAGGAUUUAAAAACUAAAGACGCAAUUUUGUAUCACGGUGAAACUUGGGAAUUAAUGGGUAGAAGAUGGGGAAAAAUUGAGAAAGAUUUUUAUACCAAAAACAAAACCUUUGACAUCAGCAAGAUACCUGACAUAUAUGAUUGUAUCAAAUACGAUUUGCAACAUAAUCAGCAUACACUUCAGUUCGAACAAGCUGAAGAAUUGUAUACUUAUGCCAAAUAUCUUGCUGACAUUGUUAUUCCACAGAACAAGGAAUAUGGUCUUACUGCUCAGGAAAAACUAACCAUUGGCCAGGGCAUUUGCACACCAUUGCUGAAAAAAAUUAAAGCCGAUCUUCAGAGGAACAUAGAAGAAUCUGGAGAAGAAACGGUGAACAGGUUAAAUCCUAGAUAUUCCCAUGGUGUUUCUAGCCCUGGUCGUCACGUUAGAACAAGGUUAUAUUUUACCAGCGAAAGUCACAUUCAUUCGUUAAUAACAGUUCUUCGUCAUGGAGGCUUACUCGAUGUCAGAAAAGAUGAACAGUGGCGGCGAGCCAUGGAGUAUGUGUCUAUGGUAUCAGAAUUGAAUUACAUGUCACAAAUUGUCAUCAUGCUGUAUGAAGAUCCUACCAAAGACCCAUGCAGUGAAGAAAGGUUUCACAUAGAGUUACAUUUCAGUCCAGGUGUAAAUUGCUGUGUACAAAAAAAUCUUCCACCCGGCCCCGGUUUCCGUCCUCAUUCUAGAAAUGAAUCAGCUGCUAGUAAAAAUUCUAGUUUAAACACAUCCGCAACAGCAACUCCUGAAGAGACCAAGAGCCAGUGUUCUCCUAGAAUCGACGAAGAAGGAGAAAUUGCUGUAGAAGAAGAAAGGUUGAUUUUAGAUCCACCAAGAGUACUCGAAUCACCACCUAGUAAUAAUGGUUUUACCCCACCAGAUUCGCCUGAUACAACCUACCGACAUUAUCUUAAAACCAGUGAUCCAAUUCCCAUUGGGAGUUCACAUACAGUAAGUGGUCACGAAGCCAUGCAUUUGGCGAAACGAUUGAAUGAAGAAUUAGCGAAUCAGGCAGCACAGCAAGGUGGUAGGAGUUUCAGAAUUAAUCGAUCCACUAGUCCAGAGCCCGAACCACGUUCAAGGAGUUACGACCAUAAGAGUCCUCAGAAAAGCAAAGCUGAAAAAUUGCAUCAAAGUCUGGACGCUGUUAACAGCCAAGACAUAGAUCCACCUAACAGUACAGAUCUAUCCGUUACUCCUAUAAACACUCCUACAACUCCACCUACAGAAGUACCUGUGCGAAUGAUUAACCAAGAUGAUUUCCACAUUUUGGAUGUAAAAAAGUAUGACUUCACUCCAAUAAGUAAUGUAGAAAAAUCGGAACUUAGUCCUAUUUCUGGAUCUUUCGAUUUUGAUUUUACGAGCGAUGUAGAUUCUCCUUUAACUAUCGGUAAUAGUAAACCUUUUAAAAAGUUGUCAGAGGGUGAGGUUGAAGUAGAUAACAAUAAAUCACAACCAAAAAGUUCUACAAAUGAAUUGCCACUGACGGAGCUUAAUCUAGCUUUAUUUACAUCUGAAUUAGAAACCAAAAGCUCUUGCAAGAUGAGUACAAAUGAGUUGCCUUUAUCUGAUAUUAAGUUUAUCAGCCAGUCUUGUAAAUUAUCGAAGCAAAACACCUUAGAUAGUCAAAAUGAUGAUACUUCUCUGGAGGUUAACUGGGAUACAGACAUAAAAGAAAUUGACGAGAAACCUAAAUUUUUAAGUGAAAAAAGGCACAGGUCAUUUUCUGAUCCUAAUAUAUUAGAUAGUGAAUGGGUCAAUCAUUCAGAAAAAUACUUUUUACUGGAAAAGUAUAAUGAGAGUUUAGCUCGCGAGAAUUUCCUUAACAAUUCUAAUAACCUUUCGCCCCCGAUAGGAUCACCCUGUCUCCCUUAUAGCUUCUAUCCCGAGCAUGCACCCGAGGCUACUUGUCUGCUUUGCACACCGCGCACACCCUCCACUCUGCUGUCUUUCUUUACUUCCCCUCCAAGGAGACUUAAUACGUCUCGCUAUCUUUCUCACCCUGCUCCAAGUGUGACCCCUUGCAUGUCCAAUUCAGAGUGCGGCCAGACCGUCAAGCGCCAUCGACACAGUAUUGCCGGACAGAUGAGCUAUUUCAAGAUGCUAGGGUUCGGUUGCGGAGGACCCAUAGGUUUUAAGAAGCUGGUCGGAGGCAGCACCAAUUCCCUCUUUUCCACCGCUGUUAUUUCUGGCAGCUCAAGUGCUCCUAAUCUUAGAGACAUGAUUUCGAAUACCAGCAGUGCUACAGCUAUUGAAGGUUUUGGAGGAGUUCCUCCCAUAAGGCCUUUGGAAACUCUGCACAAUGCCUUGUCUCUGAAGCAAAUUGACACGUUUUUGGAUGGAAUGACUGCAGCUCCUUUAUUCAGAACUCCCUCUUCAACUCCUCCAAAACAUCCGUCAACUCCACUGCCGACAAAUGGUUCAAGUUUACCGGCAGGCGGUUUAGCUUCAACAAAAUCUCAGUCCUUUAAGUUGCAAUCUCCAAGUAAUAGUGUUGGAUGGAGUGGUUCUUCAAGUUUAAUGUCAAGUAGUGGUCCUUCCUCGCCAGGAUAUUCAGAAAAUUCAAAAGGAAGCAGUAGUGAGAUGUCUUCAAGCAUCAUUAGUGGCGAUGGAUUAACUGUGGACAACUUAACGAAGAUAUUCCCUACAGCCCCAGGUCUAGAUCAAGAUCUAGGCAGUGUUGGGAUGCUUCUAGAUUCCUUUGAUAAAGACAUAUCGGGAUCUAUGGAAUUUUCUGAGUAUUACAACUCUGCACAAAAAACACAAGGAGGAGAAAGUGGAGAUGUAACACCAGUUUCAGGAGGUUCUGAGUUGGAAUUUAACACUAAUGAUGCAACUGCUGGAUCUUCCUCUGCGGUUGACUACGAUGUUACAGUUACAGAAGAUAUGGAAACAAUUGUGACUUUAGAAGACGAUGAGACCAUAGACCCCAAUGAAACAUUAACAGGCUCUAGAUUAAAUGCUCUUUCCAGUAUAUUUAGUUCAAGCGCCAGCCUAACAGAUAAUAACCAGCAACUAGUCGGUAUCAGCCCAAAACUAAUUUCUCCAAUGAACCCUAAUGUCAAUAUUUGCACAAACGUAUUACAUUCCCCUAGUUCAAGUAGUUACAAUCUCAAACACAUUGAAAAUACUGAUAGGAUUCAGCCAUGCUCAAGUGGAAUAAGUGCUGAUUUUGAUAGAAGAGAUUUAAAAGAUAUUAUAAGAAAGUCGAAUAGAUCAUUUGAAAAGGAUAUUCCUAAUUUAAAUAUAAAUAUAUCUUCUCCGGGCUCUGACAAGUGGUCAACGAAUAAAGAAAAAUUCUUAGAAAUCAAAAGCUAUAAUAAAACAGAUAAUAUAGAUUUUGGAAAAAAUUUAAAUAUUAGUACAGACAAAAAGGUAGAGAAAGAGAGUGGAUUGAUCAAACCUAAACCGGGAGCAGUUGUAGUCCGAGAAAGUUACAUUGAACCGCCUAGAAUAUCGAGGGUAUCAAAAAGUUUUCAUGGUAAGUCCCCCUCUGGUAAGAUCCCCAUAGACAUAACUAACAUUCCCAGAAGAGCAAGUGAUGGAGUAACAUCACCUGGUAAAAAUUCAAAUCCCAGUUUAAAUCAGGAAGGACAGAGUAGCGUGAAACUGAAGAAUUAUUCAGAGAAAUCGUCGUCAUUGAAGAGGCCACAGUUUGUGUCACAAUUAUCACAGCCUUGUGGAACCAGUACCAAAUUGUCAAGUCAACCCAGAAAAUCAUCGUUAUCUGAGUCUGUAAAAACUCCAAGAUUUACCACUACAAGGGUAGAUGAAGCAGAGCAUGCUGCUUCUGUUGGAAUUCCAUUUGUUCCAAGAGUCAGUAGCGAUUUGCAAGAUGCGACUAGAAAUUUAUCUGCUGCUUUAGAUUCAGAUGGUGCCAGCACUUCUGUUGUGGGUCACAGCAGAAGUGUGAAAAAUAAAAGUAUUAGUUGUGAUUUUAGUGACAGCAAUGUAAAAGUAACUAAAAGUAACUCUGACAAAUCUUCUGUUACUCACGGGUUUAAUGUUGAUAAAAAAGAUUGAAUUAAUUAGUUUUCUUUUUCAUUUCAGAUUAUUUUCUCUCAAACAGACUAAAGUUUGUUCAGUUAGUUACAUAAUCUCAAGAAUUUUCUAUAGAUUUUCUUAGUUUUGUGGUGAUUCACUUAACAUGUUCACAACAGUGUGUACUACCCCUUACUUUUUCAAAAUUAUUUAAUUUAUUCCAAGAUAUUUUAUAUAUCAUGGAAUAUAUUUAUAGUCAUGGGAGUUAUUCGAAAAAAAACAAAAGUUAUAAAGCAGUCAUUCAAGUGCCCUUAUCACUGCACAACUUUUUAGUAAUUUAACUAAUCUUGUACCGCUUACCAUUUCCGAGAUUUCCGUAGUAAGCAUCUUUAAUUGAAUCACCCUAUAAGUACAUAAAUAAUUUAUUUUAGGUUUUUGUUAUAUAAAGUAAAACUUUUAAAAUAUUAAUUACAAUAAUUUUUUAUAUUUUUAAUAAGACUGGAAGCGAUAAUCCCUUGAAUUUGGUUUCCAAAAGAGAAAAUUGCCGAGAAAAUGAAUACCCCAAAUUAUUUAAACAUUGCUUUUAGUAAGCGCCCAAUUUUAAUUAACAUUCUUUACGUUAAUCAUAUUUUUGUAUAU